CAUCUAGCGGCAUUAUAUACAAACAUCCGGUGCGGUUUACCCACAUGGAAAACUAAUGGAAAAGUGAAGCCAAAUAAGACACAAUGGCUGCUGGUCCGAUAGCAGAGCGUAAUCAAGAUGCCACGGUUUACGUGGGCAGUUUAGAUGACAAAGUAUCUGAGGCAAUACUAUGGGAACUCUUUCUACAAGCAGGACCUGUUGUGAAUGUCCACAUGCCAAAGGACCGCGUCACACAGUCCCAUCAGGGGUAUGGCUUUGUGGAGUUCAUGGGAGAGGAUGAUGCUGAUUAUGCAAUAAAAAUAAUGAACAUGAUUAAACUCUACGGCAAACCUAUCAGGGUCAAUAAGGCUUCAGCUCAUCAGAAGAACUUAGAUGUAGGAGCCAACAUCUUUAUUGGGAAUCUGGACCCUGAGGUGGAUGAGAAGUUACUGUAUGACACAUUCAGUGCUUUUGGAGUCAUUUUACAAACCCCUAAGAUAAUGCGUGACCCCGAUACUGGUAACUCUAAGGGCUAUGCCUUUAUCAACUUUGCCAGUUUUGAGGCAGCAGAUGCAGCUCUGGAGGCCAUGAACGGACAGUUCCUGUGUAACAGGGCCAUUUCUAUCUCUUUUGCCUUCAAGAAGGACUCUAAAGGAGAAAGACAUGGCUCAGCUGCAGAGAGAUUCAUGGCCAAGCAGAACCCACUGUCUCUAACAGACAGACCUCAUCAGCUGUUUGCAGAUGCUCCUCCCCCUCCACAACAACCCCCUACACCAAUGGCCUCCUCAAAUAUGGCUCCCCCUCCUCCUCCCCCAUCCAUGGGAGGAAUGCCAGCUAUGCCAGGAAUGCCUCCAGGAAACAUGCCACCUCCAAUGAUGCCCAUGCAGCAGCCAAUGCCUCCCCCUCCCAUGCCCCCACACAUGGGCAUGCCACAGUAUCCUCCCCAGCAAGGUCAGAUGCCAUACCCCCCUCCACCACGCCCCGGACCUCCAGGGAUUCCACCUGUAUCAAGCAAUCAAUCACAAGCCCCUCCACCCCCACCCUCAUCUCAAGCAGGUUCUCAUAUGCCUCCUCCCCCUGGUGUCCCUGGAAUGGGUAUGCCCCCGCCUCCUCCUGGUAUGAGGCCUCCCCCUGGCUGGAGGCCACCCCCAGGGAUGAGAGGCCCACCACCACCCAUGUAUGGUCGGCCACCACCCCCUGGAAUGAGACCUCCUCCUCCUGGUAUGAGGGGACCACCACCCCCUCCAGGCAUGAAUAGACAAGCCCCUCCCCCUCCUCGACAACCCCCGCCUCCAGCUCCGCCCACUUCAAGAAAUUACUAGACAACAAGAUGAAGGGAACCAAUGACAAACAAUCAAGAAGGACUGAAUUGAAAAUUUGGGACUUACAGGAAACACAAUGACAUGCUGAAAUCAAAUUUGUGUUGAUUCCUUUUAUUUGUUCAAUAUGUGACAUUUUGGAAAGGUGUUAUUUAUAUAAAAUGUUCAUUUAUCAUGAGUUUCAUCAAUGUUUCGUAAAAAUAUCACUUUAUCUCGAUUUCAGAUGGUACAAAUUAUUCCAUUGCUCUCUAGAAAUUGUUCAUGUUGUAAUGCAAAUGUGGUUUUGAAUAUACCUUACAACUAA